AUGAGUAAUGCAGAUAUUAAAAAUGGACCUCAUAGCAAUGACUUAAACGGCACUAUGAAUCCUGAUAAAGUACGUAAAGAAUGGGUCAAAUUUGACGAAGAAUCUCCACAAAACACUACUCCUUCAGAACCACAUAAAGCGCAAAGUAUUCAGCAAUCUGUUGGUGCAAGUUCAUCUGCACCUAGUGAACCUGCAGCUGUUCUAAGAACGGAAUCUGUACAAAUUAAUUUAGAAAGAGGAGACAAACAUGUUGAACCAAUCUCAUUGGCGACAUUAUCAAAAAAUGUUGAAUUCGUUAACAUUCGUCAAGGUUUUUGUAAUGGUGAUAUUAUUGUUACACUUCUGCCAGUUAAUUCGAAAUGGCCUUGGGUAACAGCAGCACAAUUCCGGCCAGAAUUAGUCCCUGAAGAGUUAAUGGCUCAAGGCCUUACACUUACUGUCGAGGAAUAUGUUCAUGCUAUGGAACUGCUCAUUAAUGAUGCUCGUUUCACCUUAUACAACAUCUGCUAUAAACGUGUUCUUGUUUGUUGGAUAACACUAGCAUUCCUUGUGCUGUUGGCACUUCUAUUUUCUGGACUCACAGGCCUGAUGCUAUUUUCACUUGGUGUGUUAUGGCUGAUUCUUAAUGCUGCUGCAAUAUUUUUGUGCAUGUGGAUAAAAUUGAGACUGUCAAAAGGAUUAGAGCAGUGUUUGGCAAGAGUGAACAAGUUGCUCAGUAAACACAAGUUGAUAUUAGCACUAGAUGACAGAGGAAAAAUAUCAUGUCAUAAAGUAAAUCUCUGCUUCAUAUAUUUUGAUUCUGCAGCAUGUAUUACUCACAUACAACAGUUCAUUGAAAGUGAAGAAGGUAAAACUAUAAUGCAAGGUUGGGAACAAAGGCUUGAUGUACCUGCAAAUGAUAUUGUCAUACAAGGUUCACAAUCUACUAGACUGUCUCGGAAACAGGGUAUGGCAGAUCAAGUGUACCUCCGGUACCUGCAGCGGUGGGGCAAAGACUUCCUGCGUCGUCGGCUCGACUGGACUCUUGAUGAGGAAGGUGGCAAUCCAGCUGCACCGCGCCAUUUAUCACAGGCGCUCUGCCCUUGUCAGUAUAUCGAGGAAGUAUUAAGGAACAAAGAGCCCAGAGAUAUGCGCGCAUGUUGCCCUCUAUGCAACAAUUGGCUCAGGCGUCGUGGGCUAGAUUGA